CCCCCAUAUUGGCUGUCAAAAUGAAAUCAUUCUACUAUAAGUUUCUAUGUUUGGUGAUACUGAGCUUCUUCAACAACCACCAUUUCGGUAGUGCUGAUCCUACAGAUGGGUUCACCCUUGUGCCAUUAACAGAAGACAACUUCAAGCUGCAAAAACCAUAUAACGAACCCCUUGAUGAUCGAUACAGCUACAAAGAUGGGGUUCGAAGUUUCUGGAUAUACAACAAUGACAAGCCCUUCAAAACAGACAGUACAACUAGGCCACGCACGGAACUUCGCAUAACGGGACAUGACUACUCUUCUGGAAUUUGGCAAUUUGAAGGCUAUGCAUAUGUGCCCAGUGGUACUUCUGGGGUUACAAUAGUGCAGAUUCAUGGUGCAACUGAAGGAGCCACAACUCUACAACUAAGGAUGUAUGAAGGAGAUGGUGGAGAUCUCAGAUACUACAGAUACAACUUAGUUGAUACUGAUCUCUACGAUAAGUGGUUCAGAGUGAACAUAAUCCACAAUGUUGACAAAGGGAAGGUCAUAGUUUUCAUUGACGGUGUUAAGAAGUUUGUGGUGAAAGAUCAGGGACCAGGGGACCUGUACUUCAAAUGUGGUGUGUAUGCUGCACCAUUUAAUUCCAGUAAUUACAUGGAAUCAAGGUGGAAGGAGAUCAAACUUUACAAAAAAUGA